GUGGCUAGUAUGAAAAAAUAAUAUAAACGCAACAGUGUUGAUGUAGACAAAUGCCAUUCUCUAUCACUUAUGCAAAAUGUAUUUUAUGGUCUAGAUUCUGGGAACUGCAGUUUAUAUAUUCAGACCUGUUUUGUAUCUGGCAGCCACCAGGUCAAUCACGCAGUGUUAUUUUUGGCUGAGCCCAAACAGUUUACAAACACAGUGUGUUGCAUUUCUAGUUCUCCUUGCGUCAAGAUCAGACGUCAAAUGUACCAGCUAGUGGCUGUCUAGAAGGUAAAACAGACAUCUCAUGUUCUGAUAGGGUGAAUCUGACUUUUAUAACUAAAAAAGCUGAACAGGCUCUUUGGAUAUCACAAGUCGGAGGUAAUGAUACCUGACUGAGUAUCUGGACAAACACCGACCGACGAAGAGAAUACAAUGAAUUGUAGAUUCGGACAACAUAAGCAGUUAGCAAAAACCAGGCAAUGAGAUUGAUGAGACGGGUUUUCUGAAACAUUGUAACGCUCUUUUCAGAGCGUUCUUAACACAAUAAGUGCGCAAAAUUGACAUUUUCUUGCAUAACGAGGUCAGAAUGUCGGUGACAAGUGCCAUGGAUGUAAUAGACUAUGAGGUCUGGAACUUCAACUAUGACCCUCAUUUAUUUCGCCACCCGCUUUGGAUGACCAGCAAUCACUUAAAAUAUCGACUGUACAGAGAUAAUCUCGGUGUUAUGCACUGUCUGAAGGAUGGAGAAGGAAGAUACAUCAAAUCACCACGGUCUCUCUCCGAUGUCUGCAUCUAUGACAUUGUUUGUAACCUCGACAUUUUGCGGCAGAUGCAGGACCCGUAUUUACCCUUGGAUCUUUACCCUCGACUCCUCUCAGAGGCCAUCUAUCAACGUGAACUUCAUGCGAUUGAAUAUCUCAUCGCCACUUGGCCUCAGUCAGUACUUAAACUGUAUGACGUCGUGCCGUUAGAAGAUCAAAUUGAGCACGAUUAUUUGACCACACCAAUUGACGGCAACGAAGGCACUAACCUACUGGACUGCAUCAUGCUUGGCCUGUUGAAUAGACAGCCCCAAGCAAUGAUGCAAGUCAUUGAUUUCACUGGUUUUGAAAAGGAUCGUAAACUUUGCAGAGAGUUGUCAAGACUUCCAGUAUUGUGGAUGGAGCCUGAAGAUAGAACUGUUAACAUGCUAUACGACUAUAUGUAUCCUACCUAUGAAAUCGCGAAGGACAAAAUUCAGAGGUAUCUGAACCGAAUAUCCGUAAUAUAUCACCAGUUUGAUAGCGAGUUUAAACAUGGCACUAAAAUGGCCCCCCUCACCAUUCUGUUGGAUUUAAAGAUGACCCUUGAUGAUGUUGCUUUCGGUUUGUGUCUCCAGUGGCAUACACCUUUUAGGUUUGUAUGUAACAAACUGUGGAUAAAGGAAAUACCUGAAGUUGGGACAUCAACCAAAAGACUUGCCAAUGUGUUGGAAUUGUCCCUACUCACUCAUUUGGAAAUCUCCAGUCCAUGCAUCGCCAAGGAUGGUAGGAAACUGAGAGAGUUUCUGGCGGGUUUAGAGCAGUUGAAACACGUCACAGCACUCAGCAUACCUAGUACUGUCGACACCUCAGUUGUACCACAGGCGGCAGAGAAGAUCAACAAAACUCUACAGAAAAUGAGAACUUUGAAACGCCUCAACUUUGCGUACUGUAAUCUCAAACUGAGUGUCAAACCGCUCUUACAAGGACUGUCACAAAAGUUUGAAUAUUUGAAUCUCAGAGACUGUAGAUUGAUCGAAGACGAUGUUCACUUUCUAUUGCAUUGGAAACCAGUUGUGUAUUUACGAGAACUGAAUCUCAGUAACAACAACUUGACUUUUGUGGAGCACGUGUCAACAAUGCUGGUGCAGAAGAUGAAACUGUUGACAUGUUUUGCAGUGUCCUACUGCUCGUUGAGUGUCGGCGCACUUCAGAGGAUUGUGAAAAAAGCGCGACUUCACGGACAAAUGAAAGUGUUGGCCAUUCAAAACUUUACUCCAAUGAGUGACGAAGACAUGAGUAACAUCUUGCUUGAUUGCGCCAUGCUCACGACUCUACAGAAAUGCAUCAUGCUCCCAGAAACGUAUGCCUUUCCUGGGAACAACGAGAAUGAGAGGGAAGAAAACCUUGAACUCACGCUGGAUUUCUGUUACGAGUUCCUUAGAUCUCAUAAGCGUGAAGAUAUUGCCAUUGCCUGAGCCAAUGUAUGAUCGAUUUGACUGUGGAACCGAUAAUACCUUAAUUUAAAACGGACGAAUCAUAAAGACAUCAAACUUUGGAUUGCAGGCUGGAAUUCCAUUUUUUAAGAAAUGGAAGUAGUUCGUAGAUAUUGGCUUUGAGAUGGAGUUCCUGCUUUUCUAUAACCUUCAUUUGAACAAGAUCAAUAGGGGCGAAGAGUUGCAUGAUACUCCAUGGAAUGCAUUUUGGUCGCUCUGUCGACAGCUUUUCGCUGGUGCUCGAUGUUAUCUAAUCUUAUUCAAGUGGGCGUGGUAUUCAGAUAUUUUCCUUUUUCACGUGGUCAUCUUCAUCUCAAGUCUCCAUUUGCAAUUUUAAGUGAUGCCUUUUGCACCACUCAUCGAGUUUAAGGCAUACGUAAGUUAAACAGUAUUUAUCGAAAGAAAAUUUUUCUUUGAUGUUAAAAUCGCCCUGUAUAAAAAAGAUUAUUUACUCAUCGUUUUUUCUUGCAGAAUUUCAUAGAUAAAUAGAUAAAUCCAUUUAACACACAAACAUUGGGCUUCUCUUUUUAUUUGUAAUAAAUAUUUUUACAAGAUGUA